AUGUCCAGCAGAGACAAGGAUCCACUGGCCUCCUGCUCGGAGCAACAAGAGAAGGGGGACGUGAAGCAGGACCAGUGGGAGCUGCACAGCCAAGCAUCAUCUGGGGACUCUAUCACCAUGGGAGCAGCUCAGUCCAGGAAGGCGAGUGAUACAGAGGAGGCUCAGCAUAAAGGUCAAAAGGUCUUGGACCUCAUCCACAAAAGGAGGAAGUGGAAGAGCUGGAAGCUGCUGCAGACCAAAGCCCAGGCAAAGAAGGACUUGAUGCUAAAAAUCAUUCAAGAAAUAUAUCAGAACCAAGGAAGAGAGAAUCUUUACCCCACACAGACGUUGAAAACAGCGGAUUUGCUCCAAAAUUUCACACAGCUACUACUCCUACAAAAUUCUUGCCCGAGAGGCUGGGAGACCUUGGUGAGGGAAAGCUGGCAUCAAUGUGUAGCAGAAGAGAGAGGACAUCUGAUUGAGGCCAAAGACUUAUUUCUCCCAAGCACAGGUACUCAGGAGGAGCCUCAGUUAGUCAUAUUAGAGGGGGCUGCUGGGAUUGGGAAGUCAACGCUGGCCAGGCAUGUGAAGAGAGCCUGGAAGGAAGGCCAGCUCUACAGGGAUCGCUUCCAGCAUGUCUUCUACUUCAGCUGCAGAGAGCUGGCCCAAUGCAAGCAGCUGAGUCUGGCUGAGCUCAUAGCAAAAGAUGAGACUGUGUCUGCAGCUCCCAUCAGACAAAUCCUGUAUCACCCUGAAAAGCUGCUCUUCAUCCUGGAUGGCAUAGAUGAGCCAGCAUGGGUCUUGGAGGAACAGAAUCCUGAGCUCUGUCUGCACUGGAGCCAACAACAGCCAGUGCACACACUGUUAGGUGGUUUGCUGAGGAAAUCCAUCCUGCCUGGGGCUUCCUUGCUGCUCACAUCUCGGACCACAGUUCUGAGGAAGCUCAUUUCUUCUUUGGGGCAGCCACGUUGGGUGGAAAUCCUGGGUUUCUCUGAGUCAGGACGGAAGGAAUACUUCAACAAAUAUUUUACAAAGCAAAGAGAAUCAAUUGCAGCUUUUAGCUUCAUUGAAUCAAACCCAAUGCUCUCAACACUAUGUUUUAUGCCCUGGGUGUCCUGGCUGGUCUGCACUUGCCUGAAGCAGCAGAUGGAACAGGGGGGAGACCUCUCAAUGACUGUUCAGACCACCACAGCUCUCUGCCUGAAAUAUCUUUCCCAGACUCUCCCAUCCAAGUACCAGGGGAAUGAGCUCACAGGGCUCUGCUCACUGGCUGCUGAGGGGAUCUGCCAAAGAAGGACCCUGUUCAGUGAGAGAGAUCUCCAGGAGCAAAGGUUAUCUGAAGACGUCAUUGCCACUUUCCUGAAGAUUGGUAUCCUUCAAAAGCAACCCAGUUCUCUGAGCUAUAGCUUCUCUCACUUGUGUCUCCAGGAGUUCUUUGCAGCAAUGUCCUGCAUUUUGGGAGAUAAUGAGAGACAUGGUGAUAUGGAAAACUACAGAAUUGUGGAAACACUUAUAGAAGUGUAUGGAAGACAAGAUCUGUUUGAAGCACCCACCAUACGCUUCCUAUUUGGCCUUUUAAGUGAACAGGGGAUUAAAGAGAUAAGGAAGAUCUUCACAGGCCCCUUGAUCCUGCACACACCAUGGGACCUGCUGGGGAAAUCCAGCACAUUGCUCCAGCAUCAGCAGCUAUAUUCUCUGGGGUUGUUUCAUUGUCUGUAUGAGAUUCAAAAUGAGGAUCUCUUGACAGAAGUGAUGCAUGAUCUUCUAAAAAUGAGGGACAAUGCCCUGACAGAUAUGGCUCACCCAGUGUUUCAGACAAAUGUGAAGCAUUUGAUUGUCCAGACAGAUGUGGAGCUAAUGGUGGUCACUUUCUGCAUUAAGUUCUGCCACCAUGUGAAGAGGCUUCAGCUGGAUGGGGGUAGACAGCAAGGACAAACGCUGAUGGCCCCCAGGAUGGUUCUGUCCAGGUGGAUCCCUAUCACAGAUACCAGUUGGCAGAUUCUCUUCUCCACUAUUGAGAUCACAGGAAACCUGGAGGAGCUGGACCUAAGUGGAAAUCCAAUGAGCUACUUCGCACUGUGUAGUCUUUGUAGGACCCUGAGUUGCCCUGGAUGUCACCUAAAGAUAUUGUGGCUAAUCAACUGCAGCCUCACAUCCAGACACUGUGUGAACCUGGCCUCAGUGCUCAAGGCCAGUUCCAGCCUGGCUGAGCUAGACCUACAGCUGAAUGACCUGGGCGACCAUGGUGUGAGGCUACUGUGUGAGGGGCUAAGAAGUCCUAUCUGCAGCCUCAGAAUCCUACGGAUGGAUCAGGCCCCUCUCAGUGACCAGGUGAUGAUGGAGCUCAGGGCCAUGGAAGCAGAGAAUCCACGGCUGCACAUCUCCAGCACAUGGAAACCACCUGUGAUGGUCCCUACUGAGAACCUAGAUGGAGAAGAAAUGAGUGAUAACCCUCUCUCAUUUAAGCGGCAGAGACUACAGUCAGGAAACAAACACACAGAACCACUGGAGCCUGAAGAUGACUUCUGGGGCCCUAUAGGGCUUGUGGCUACUGAGGUGGUUGACAGAGAGAGGAACCUGUACCGAGUUCAGUUCCCUGUGCCUGGUUCCUACCACUGUCCCAACACAGGACUCUGCUUUGUGGUGACAAGGGCCGUGACCAUUGAGAUUGGAUUCUGUGCCUGGAGCCAACACCUGGACAAGACUCCCUUGCAGCACAGUCACAUGGUGGCUGGGCCUCUGUUUGACAUCAAGGCUGAGCAGGGAGCUGUGACUGCUGUGUACCUCCCUCAUUUUGUGGAUCUCCAAGAGGGACAGGUGAACAUUUCCUUGUUCCGUGUGGCCCAUUUUCAAGAACAUGGGAUAGUCCUAGAAACGCCAUCCAGGGUGGAGCAGUGUUUUGCAGUGCUGGAAAACCCAAGCUUCUCCCCAAUUGGAGUUCUAAUGAGAAUGAUACCUGCUGUCGGGCACUUCAUCCCCAUCACUGCCACCACAUUGAUCUACUAUCACCUCAAUCUCAAGGAAGCGACAUUUCACCUUUACCUGGUCCCUAAUGACUGUACCAUUCGUAAGGCCAUUAAUGAUGAAGAAAAGAUGGCCCAAUUUAUUCGAAUAAACAAGCCACCCCCAGUAGACUCUCUGUACAUUGGAUCCCGCUACAUUGUGUCUGGUUCCAAGAAACUGGAAAUCAUCCCAAAGGAACUGGAGCUGUGCUACCGGAGCCCUGGGGAAUCCCAGCUCUUCUCUGAGAUCUACGUUGGCCACAUGGGUUCAGGGAUUAAGCUGAAAAUCAGAGACAAGAAAUAUAAGAAUCUCAUAUGGAAAGCCCUGCUGAAACCAGGGGACCUCAGACCUGCAUCACCCAUGAUCUCAUCUUCACUCCUAGAUACUUGUGCCUUGCUGCACUUUGUGGACCAGUAUCGGAGGCAGCUGGUGGCCCGAGUGACAUCAGUGGACCCUGUCUUGGACAAACUGCAUGGUCUGGUGCUGAAUGAAGAGGAUUAUGAGGCGGUGCGGGCUGAAGCCACCAACCAAGGCAAGAUGCGGAAGCUCUUCAGCCUCAGUAGAUCCUGGACCAGGGCCAACAAAGACCAAGUCUACCAAGCUCUGAAGGAGACCCAUCCUCAUCUGAUCAUGGAACUCCAUGAAAAGUCGAGCAGCAUCUCUGUGGGAUCCUGA